GCUCUUUGGAAUACAUAUUGGCUAAACACGUUGAGUAGCUCCCCUCUACUGACAAAUGCUGGAUAUAUCAAUAACCAAAUUGGGGAUUUGAGCAUGAAGUUAAGACAGGUAGAAAAGAAGUGGGCGCGUUGCGAGCGAGCUAACGACGUAAUUGAGCAAUUGGACAAGGCUGUGAAAGACGCACAUACAGUGUGUUGUGAAUUGUCAUGUGGUGUGCUGAUGCAGCACAUCAAGCGUGUAAUGUUCAACCGUGGCGAAAGUUUCGAGGAGAGUGCUGAUCAACGAGUUGACGAAGAGCCUGUUAUCGACUUCAUUUCCGCCGAAGACGUUGCUCCUCCGGCAUCUAUAGAUGAUGCGGAGUUGCCGGAAGAAGUACUUCUAGUAGAAACGGUGAAUUAA